UGGCGCGGGCUAAUGGCGGCGCUUCGUUCGACGACUGGAGCGGCCGGUGGUGGGGAGGCGCUGCCGAGCACCCAGUGGUCGUUGAAGCGGUACGCGCGUUUCCUGGCAUCGGGUGGAGCGCCGAACUCCUGGGAGGUUUUUGAAUCCAGUCCAGAAAAGGGGUUUCUGUCCUUGAAUAUUGUGCAGUCGGGGCAUUUCCUUAUCUCUCAAGGUGGGACAACCUUGCUGGAAGGAUUUUCUCUAAUUGAAGCUCACAAGUGGUGGAAGGCAGUACGUAGAGCAGAUUGUGUGCUCUUUGGAUCUAAAGUGAAGAAUGAAAGCCGGAUGUUUCGAGUGCAGUUCAGUGGUGAUUCACUUGAACAAGCAAUGGAGCACUGCUCUAACUGUAUGCAAAAACUGCUUCUCCAUAUACAUGUACAAAAUCCUGAGGGAAAUGAUGUGAAUCGAGGUCUAUUGUUGAGCCAGCCAGCUAGCAACCAGUCUGAAAGUCUGGAGUUAGAGGCUCAGGAUACAGAGAAAGGGCAAUCACAAAUGCAAAGCAUCCUUUCUGACCAUAGGAUGUCAAUAAAACAAGUAGCAAAGAUGCUCUCUGACACACUGAUUUUCUCCAGCAUUUUGUAAGUGAUGGUCAAGAUUUCCACCUUCUGCAGAAUCUCUUGUGUUCUCAGUGUCUUGGAGUCAUUUGGGAGUUUGAACCACAGGAAAUCAAUGAACAGGAGUGCAAGUAGAAGAGGCGUCUUCACAUGAGGAUACGAUUGAAAAUUUGAAAAGCAGCACUUCUUGGCAAUUUUUGGAGUUUGAACUGCAGCCAAUCAGUGAAGAGGAUUCAUUAGUAAGGUCAAUAAAAUCAAGACAGGCAAGCAGAAUGGCUAUUGUUGGAGUGGGAUAGUGUUAGAGUGGGGAGUCUUUGGCUUUGGUUCAUCAGGCUACGGCAAGGUAAGCAUCUGGUAAUUUCCUUUAUCUUUCAUUGCUCAUCUGUUAGAACAUAGCUAGUGCAGUAAGAAUGUCUGUGUGUGCUGUGUUGUUUUUGUGAGAUGUAGGAAUUCUGAGAGACCUCCAGCUUCCCAGAUAACCAAAUCUGCACCAGAUGCACAAAGCUGCAGCUUGAUGACCUUCCGCUCAAACAGGAGAUUGAGGGUGUGAUAGGAGCUACAAGGAGGUAAUCAUCCCUAGGUUGCAGGAU